AUGUUCAGCAUGCUACGCCUCUUGACUUCGAUUUCUAUCAUCUGUUUGUUCCUCGCGUGCACGGUGCUCGGCGCCACCGGCCUCACCAACCAGCACCUUGCUCACCUCAGUACGACGUCUGGCGGGCUCGUUACUUGCCUCUCCGACCCCGACGUUCACGCUUUACAAGAAGCUAUUCAGCUCACACCAUGCACGCUAAUUUACACCUUCGCGUCAUGGAGUGGCCAUGCCCGAUACCUCAUCCAUGAUCGAGAAUACAUCCAAAAUGUCGCUCGCCAGUACCGGGAAGCUAUCGAGUCGAAGCGUCUUGCAAUCGUUGCAACGCAGAUGGAUGAGCCCCCGGCAGAAGGGGACCAGCGUUGGAAGUAUGUCAUCAACGGGAACUACUGGGAUUCAUUAGCCAUGUUCUCCAGUUCGUCCGUUCAGGACAAGGCUGCCGUCGAGCCCACCGCCGAGAGCCUCGCGUUGGCCUUUGAUGCCUGUUUGACGAGCCAUCCGCCAACCUCGAUCCAGAGUGAAUCGUCGUUACCCAAGGACGAGUUGUAA